AUGACAACCCCUCCUAAUACAACUUCGCCACCGUCAAGAUCUCGUAGCUUCCGUGCACCUUCCUUGGACGACGGCCGCAUUCUCGUCGAUUGUAACAUCCAGAACGAGUCCACUCACCACCUUGCUCUUCGUCUUCGUGGUGGAGCUAAGAAGCGUAAGAAGACCUUCGCCAAAAUUUCUCACAAUCGGGUCAACAUGAAUCUGGGUCGGGUCGGGUCAGUUUCUGGAACUGAAGCUGAAACUUUUGCUACUGAAGAAGUGGAUGAUGUUGAUGGAGAAGAUGAAGAUGGUGUUGUUGAACGUUUAGAAUUUGAUGAACGUUUUUGUAACUUUUCUUGUUCCAACACCAACUGGUAUGUUCCUUAA